GGAAGCUACAUCGUCUACUACACUAAGCUCCUUCACCUCUCCCUCUGUUCCUAAUCAGUUCACAGAAAAUCUACACAUACCCAGAUUUCAAAUCUGCAUCUUCUCCAACUUGUUUGUUUCCUGGUUUCUGAAUUUCUUGCCACUCUUCUUUCAAUGCCUUCAAUUUCAAAAAGCAAAAUAAUGAUGAUGGGUGUGUUUCAUAGGUACAUAAAUUCCCUUAAAAAUCCUUCCUUUUCAUCAUUCACCUAUCAUUGUUAUUAUAGCUUCAGAAAUAAAGCUCUUCCGCUAAUUGAAACUACACUUCAAUCAUCGAGGUUUUCUGUCUUUCAUUACUCUACUUGUUGUUGCCCAAUGACAUUAUCACAUGCUUCUUGUGUGCACUUGAUUCAACCUUCAUUGCCCAUGAACUCUUUUCUUGCAUGUCAUUUUUCCAUGCGCCAUUAUUGUUCAGAAACUGCUCCCAUGAACCAAGAUUUUGGUUGUAGUGUGAGUGAUAUUGUGGAAGGUAAUGGUUUAGAAAGUGAUGUUGUGGAGGGAAAUGGUUUAGAAAGUGGUAUUGAUAAGGUGUACAACACUAUAAUGGAUAGUUCACUUGGAUUUAACAAUUGGGAGAAAUCUCUUGAUCAAUUGGGUAUCCCAUUGUCCACCCCUUUGGUUACUGGGGUGCUGCAUAGGCUUAGAUAUGAUGAGAAAAUUGCAUUUAGGUUUUUCACAUGGGCUGGUCAUCAAGAGAAUUAUUCACAUGAGCCUUGUGCCUAUAAUGAUAUGAUGGACAUCCUAUCUAGUACAAGGUACAAAGUAAAACAGUUUCGGAUUGUUUGUGAUAUGUUGGAAUAUAUGAAGAGGAAUAACAAGAACAAGGUUCCGGUUGAAGUUCUAUUGACGAUUUUGAGAAAGUAUACUGAGAAGUAUCUGACUCAUGUGCAGAAGUUUGCGAAGAAGAAGAGGAUCAGAGUAAAGACGCAACCGGAAAUAAAUGCAUUUAACUUGCUGCUGGAUGCUCUGUGCAAGUGUUGCUUGGUUGAGGAUGCUGAAGGUCUGUAUAAGAGAGUGAGAAAAGUGAUUAACCCUAAUGCAGAUACAUAUAAUAUAUUGGUUUUCGGGUGGUGUAGGGUUAGAAACCCAACUAGAGGGAUGAAACUGCUGGAAGAAAUGGUUCAACUGGGUCAUAGGCCUGACAAUUUCACGUACAACACUGCCCUUGAUACCUACUGCAAAGCUGGCAUGGUAACAGAGGCAGUAGAUCUUUUUGAGUUCAUGAGAACAAAAGGUUCAACCAUAUCUUCUCCCACUGCCAAGACAUACUCAAUCAUAAUUGUGGCUCUUGUCCAAAAUGAUAGAAUGGAGGAGUGUUUUAAACUUAUGGGGCAUAUGAUAAGUAGUGGUUGUCUUCCUGAUGUCACAACAUACAAGGAUAUAAUUGAAGGAAUGUGUUUGUGUGGAAAGAUAGAUGAAGCUUACAAGUUCUUGGAAGAGAUGGGAAACAAAGGUUACCCACCUGAUAUUGUUACUUAUAAUUGUUUCCUCAAGGUCCUUUGCGACAAUAAGAAAUCUGAGGAAGCCCUUAAACUAUAUAGUAGAAUGAUUGAAUUGAGUUGUAUUCCUAGUGUUCAGACUUAUAAUAUGCUGAUUUCAAUGUUUUUUGAGAUGGAUGAUCCUGAUGGGGCAUUUGAGACUUGGCAGGAAAUGGGCAAGAGGGGUUGCAAACCAGACACUGACACAUACUGUGUGAUGAUUGAGGGGCUAUUUAACUGCAAUAAAACGGAAGAUGCUUGUUUUCUUUUGGACGAAGUGAUAAACAAGGAAAUAAAAUUGCCAUAUAGAAAGUUUGACUCCUUUCUGAUGCAACUUUCAGCAAUUGGUGAUCUCCGUGCCAUUCAUAGGAUCUCAGAUCAUAUGAGGAAAUUCUAUAAUCAUUCUAUGGCAAGACGUCAUGCGCUAAGUCAGAAGCGCAAGAGCAUGAGUUUGAGAGGGAAGUGAUAGUAAGAAAAUUCUUGAUCGAGUUUGUGCUACUUGUCAGGAAAAUUUGGAGGGGGCACAGUUAGGAGGGUUCUUCUCAUGACAGGUUAGACAAAUAUUUCCUGUAACCAUGACAACUAGUUGCAGCUUUGAAUGUGUUAUAUUGGUCAUGCUGCCUACGCCAAUAAUUUUUUCGUGAAAAAAAAAAAUUGUAAGUCUUUGGACCUUUUCUGUUCUCAUUUUUUGGUAGUUGAGAGAAAUUUUGGUAGCUGUCAUGACAUUUUUGUUGUGCAAUGUUGGUUAAUUGAUGCAGCAAUAAGAUGGAAAGAUCCAUGCAUGUAUUUUAUGGCCAUGUAUAAGGGCAGAGGUUGCGAAUGGCAUGAUGGUCAACUUUGUUAUAUGUUCAGAAAUCUCUUAAUCACUUCAGCACAAAAAUAAUGCCAUUUAUGAUAUUUUAUCUACUAUUUUGGGGGGCUACGCUUUGACUUUUUGAAGCAUCAUCUAGAUGUGUCGUAGUAAUGAUGAAUGAACCUUCACUUCAAUAAUGAUCGCAUAUACUUUUUCCCUUCUAAUUCUUUGGUCACAUUCUAUUUUCUUGUUUGCAUUUCCCCUUUUCUUUUGAUGUUUCUUUUGGUUAUCAGGCCUUUUUUUUGUAGAUCCAGUGAUGGAAGGGUGUAGUUUCUUAAUCAUCUCAGGUUGUGGCCUUAGUUGAAAGCUGAUGCUUAUUUUGGGGAUUUCUUUUUCCUUGGCCAGACAAAGAUUUCAAGCGUCUAAUUUGCCUACAUUGAGCCCCAUUUUUGAACUGUAAGAAAAUUCAAUUACUGUAGCAAUGGAGCAUUGCCACAUUUGUACAAUUAUUUUUGAAACACUGUAGCAGUUGUAUCUGGUAUGGAAGAGAAGUAGAAAAUAUUAAAAAAUGAUAAGAAAAAUAUUGAAGAUACACAUUGGUUAUUGUAGUUUUUUUUUUUUUUUUUCUUUCCCCCUUUUUUCUCUGAACUGACUUUUGGGGCAUAUAUGUUGAAAUUUCUCUCAGGCUCCAACUUCAAGUACCAGGCCUGAUGAUUAGAGUUGGCUACUUGGACAAGCAUAUACACUGGUGGUUGAUGAUGUGUAUUUUUCUGUGCUGGAAAAUAUGUAAAAUGGGACAGGUUCUAUUUAUAAAUUUUUUUGUUUACAAAUUUUUACAAACUACACUAUCUUCUCCCAGGAGAACAUAGUACAAUUUGCAAAAAUUUGUAAACGGAUUCUUCUUCAUGUAAAAUACCAGUUUCUCUGUUUUUGGUUGAUGAUUAAAGUUUACCAGUUAUGACAUGUAAACUCUUAUUAUGACAACCAUUCACUUAUAUAUCAGAAUGGUUGUCAUAGUAAGAGUUUACCUCUCUGUAUAUAGAGAGAUUGUUUGUGAACUGAUUAAUCAUUUAUGUCAAGAAUAUGUGGAAAAAUGUUCACUUUUCAGUAUUUUAGGUAUUCAAUAUACUACUCACUAUCAUG